UAUAUAAAUAUUCUUGAGCCCACUUUCAUUGUCAUUUUCUAAGAAAAAUAUUCGAGAAAGACAGAAAAGGUGAGAUAGUUUUAUUCAGUGUAAUUGAAGUGAAAAAUGGCUUCUACCAUCAAGGUCGUUAAAGCCCGUCAGAUCUUCGAUAGCCGUGGAAAUCCCACCGUCGAAGUUGAUGUUAUACUCACAGAUGGAACCUUGGCUAGAGCUGCUGUGCCCAGUGGAGCCUCCACAGGUAUCUAUGAGGCUCUGGAAUUGAGAGAUGGAGGAUCAGAUUACCUCGGGAAGGGUGUCCUUAAGGCUGUGGAGAAUGUGAAUACAAUCAUUGCACCUGCUUUGGUUGGCAAGGACCCAACAGAGCAGGCCAAAAUUGACAACUAUAUGGUACAGCAACUUGAUGGAACUGUUAAUGAAUGGGGUUGGUGUAAGCAAAAGCUUGGAGCAAAUGCUAUACUGGCAGUGUCACUUGCUGUUUGUAAAGCAGGUGCUAUUGUGAACAAGAUUCCUCUUUACAAGCACAUUGCCAAACUUGCUGGAAACAAGACCUUAGUGCUUCCAGUUCCUGCAUUCAAUGUUAUUAAUGGAGGUUCCCAUGCUGGCAAUAAGCUGGCCAUGCAGGAAUUUAUGAUUCUCCCUGUUGGGGCAUCUUCUUUCAAAGAAGCUAUGAAGAUGGGUGUUGAAGUAUAUCAUCACCUGAAGGCUGUAAUUAAGAAGAAGUAUGGCCAAGAUGCCACAAAUGUUGGUGAUGAAGGUGGCUUUGCUCCAAAUAUUCAGGAAAACAAGGAGGGCCUUGAACUGUUGAAAACAGCUAUAGCAAAAGCUGGAUAUACUGGAAAGGUUGUAAUUGGGAUGGAUGUUGCUGCUUCGGAGUUCUAUGAUAACAAGGAUAAGACGUACGACUUGAACUUCAAGGAAGAGAACAAUGAUGGAUCUCAAAAGAUAUCAGGAGAUAGUUUGAAGAAUGUCUACAAGUCAUUUGUGUCUGAUUAUCCUAUCGUGUCUAUUGAAGAUCCAUUUGAUCAAGAUGAUUGGGAGCACUAUUCAAAGUUGACUGGUGAAAUCGGUGAGCAAGUGCAGAUUGUUGGUGAUGACCUCCUUGUCACAAAUCCAAAGCGAGUGGAGAAAGCAAUCAAGGAGAAGAGCUGCAGUGCCCUUCUGCUGAAGGUUAAUCAAAUUGGUUCUGUAACUGAAAGUAUUGAAGCUGUUAAAAUGUCUAAACGAGCUGGCUGGGGUGUCAUGGCAAGUCACAGGAGUGGUGAAACUGAGGAUACUUUCAUUGCAGACCUUUCAGUUGGGUUGGCAACGGGCCAGAUCAAGACCGGUGCUCCAUGCAGAUCUGAGCGCCUUGCUAAAUAUAACCAGCUUCUUAGGAUAGAAGAAGAGCUGGGAUCUGCGGCAAUUUAUGCUGGAUCAAAAUUCAGGGCACCAGUUGAACCUUACUGAUGUCGUUAAUGGAGUGAUGAAACAGUUUAUAAUAAGCCUCUUAUAUAAUUUUGGCAAAACCAGUCAAUUUACUUUACCAGUAGAUCUUUAAUGUAUGUUUAGUGAGGGUAAAAAACUAGUGAUGGGCGAACAAUGAGGGUUGUUUGUUUUGUUCUGUUUUAUCCUUUGGGAGAUGACGUUGGUUCAGUGACUUCAGUCUUAUUAUUAUUAAUGUUCAGAUGUCGAUUUCAGAGUGCCUUAUGCGUCA